AUGAAAGAGAUUCCCAUCACGCUCGAGGCGUCCAACUCACAGUUGUUGAUGGAAUGCACCAACAUAGAUGAAACAAGAGACUCUGAGCAAUCGGCUCAAAAUCUACAUGAUCAUUCGAUACCGAUCGACGAUGCCUCGAUGCCGAUAGCGGUUAUUGGAAUGGGAUUUAGAGGUCCCGGGGAUGCAACUAAUGUGGAAAGAUUGUGGGAGGCUCUGCUUGAGCAACAUGAAGAAUGGUCACCAAUCCCAGAAAAGCGAUGGAAUAGCUCCGCAUUCUAUCAUCCCGAUCAUGCGAGACAUGGCACGAUCAACGUAGAAGGUGGUCAUUUCCUUGAAGAGGAUAUCUCUCUAUUUGACGCGCCGUUCUUCAACAUGUCCAGCGAUGAGGCGGCAGCGAUGGAUCCUCAACAAAGACUAUUGCUGGAGGUUACAUAUGAGGGACUAGAAAACGCUGGGCUUUCUCUGCACCAGGUCGCUGGGAGCAAGACUUCAUGCUUUGUCGGGUCAUUUUCUGCAGACUAUACCGAUUUACUCCUUCGAGAUCCCGAAGCAGUCCCUAUGUACCAGUGCACGAAUGCCGGCCAGUCACGCGCCAUGACUGCAAAUCGUAUAUCCUAUUUUUAUGAUCUGAAAGGCCCCAGCGUCACGGUUGACACGGCUUGCUCUGGUAGUCUCGUUGCAUUGCAUCUUGCGUGUCAAAGUAUUCAGACUGGAGAUGCAACGAUGGCCAUUGCGGCGGGAGUUAAUGUCAUUCUAAGCCAUGAAUUCAUGUCCACGAUGAGUAUGAUGAGAUUUCUAUCACCAGAUGGACGCUGUCAUACCUUCGACAAGAAGGCCAAUGGCUACGCAAGGGGCGAAGCGAUAGCCUGCGUUCUUCUGAAGCCACUAGAUCAAGCAUUACUCGAUGGGAAUACCAUAAGAGCGAUUGUCCGUGGGACAGGGUCAAACCAGGAUGGUCGAACACCAGGAAUCACCCUACCCAGUGGUGCCGCUCAAGAAGCAUUAAUUCGGGAUGUAUACGACAGAUCAGGGCUGUGUCCAAGUCAAACGGACGUCGUGGAGGCCCACGGCACCGGUACACAGGCGGGUGAUCCUCUGGAAGCAGGCGCUAUAUCGCGAGUAUUUGGACCUGGACAUUCUCCCGAAAACCCCGUGUAUAUUGGAUCUAUCAAGACGAAUGUCGGGCACCUGGAAGGGGCUAGUGGAGUUGCCGGGGUUAUCAAAGCUGUGCUGAUGCUGGAAAAUCAAACAAUCCUUCCUAGUCGGAACUUUGAUACGCCAAACCCACGCAUCCCUCUCGAGGAAUGGAAGCUGAAAGUACCCCUAUACCCCGAGGGCUGGAAUAAUCCUGGUCCACGUCGAGUUUCGGUCAAAUCUCUGUAUGGAUAUUUGUUGAGGAACGAAAGUGUCAUCGACGAUAUCUUUCUCGACGACAUUGCUUCUACUCUCAGCGAAGGUCGAACCCGGUUCAUGUGGAAAACGGCAGUGACUGGGAGCACGGUCCAAGACUUGGCCGAAUCGCUGUCAAACGAAAUGAAACCUCGACUUUCAUUGAAAAGACCGAUCUUGGCCUUCGUAUUCACAGGACAGGGGGCGCAGUGGGCUGGCAUGGGAAAAGAACUACUAGACGCCUACCCAAUAUUUUGCGAUUCCAUUUCUCGGAUUGAUGGUUGCUUGGCGGAAAUGGGAGCACCGCUCAAGGUUUAUGAUGAGAUUUCCAAAGCCCCUCAAGACUCCCAACUCAACCACCCCCUCCUCAGUCAAACGGUGUGCUCAGCACUCCAAAUAGCCCUCGUUGACCUUCUCCGAUCAUGGAAUGUAUAUCCAGAUUCGGUGACGGGUCAUUCCAGCGGAGAAAUCGCUGCUGCGUAUGCGAGUGGUGCUCUGAGCAUAGAAGAUGCUAUGAAGGUGGCUUAUUAUAGAGGUUUGUGCGCUAGCAAGAUUCUGGCCUCAAAUGAGGUUCGAGGCUCCAUGAUAGCCGUGGGUGUCUCGGCGGAGGUGAUAGAACCAUACAUCUCACGACUUGUUUCAGGGAAGGUCGAUGUGGCAUGCAUCAAUAGUCCGUCGAGCGUCACGGUGUCGGGCGACGCGGAGGCUAUUGCAGAACUAGCCGACAGACUGAAGGAAAAGUCCAUCUUUUAUCGGCGCCUCGCUGUGGAUGUUGCAUAUCACUCUCAUCAUAUGGAACUUGUUGCUGAUGAGUAUUUAAGUGCGAUUGCAACCAUUUCCCCUCGGGAUCAACAUGUGAACAAAAAGGAGGCUUGUCAGCCUUUCUCGGUAUCUAUGUUCUCUUCCGUGACCGGCAAGAGCAUUCUACCCGAAGAAUUAGGACCUCGAUAUUGGGUCUCGAAUUUGCUUCAGCAAGUCAACUUUUCCGAGUCGCUUAAAAAUCUAUGCUUCGAGACAAACCCAUGGCAUCAUCAUGCCGGAAUAUUACAUGGACGAAAAGGCAAGAGAACAAGAUCCGCUCAAAAGGCAAGUGUGGACUGCCUGGUUGAGAUCGGCCCCCACUCGGCGCUUUCUGGCCCCGUGAAGCAGAUUUUACAGACCAAUGUCAAGCUCAGCGCUGCCGAUAUAUCCUAUCUCAGCAUCCUAACGCGGAACAAAGACGCUGUCAAAUCGGCGCUGGGUGCUGCUUCGACCCUUGUCUCAAAGAACUACCCGCUAGACAUAGGCGCUAUCAAUUUUGCAAAAGGAGCAGCAACGCAAAGAAAACCCAGACUUCUUGUAGAUAUGCCUCCAUAUCGUUGGAACCAUACUAGAUCCUACUGGGCAGAACCGCGCUUGAGUAAGGCAUUUCGAUAUAGAAGCCAACCACGAACGGACUUACUUGGCACAUCGGACAACAUCGCAUGUCCUUUUGAACCUCGAUGGCGAAAUUUUAUCAGGACUUCGGAAAUUCCUUGGAUUCUGGAGCAUAGAAUUCAAUCGGAUAUUGUUUUCCCUGCUACGGGGUAUUUGUGCAUGGCGACCGAGGCUAUAACGCAGAUAUCAGGAAGUUCACAAAGCGUAUCCGCCGUCAUUUUGAAAAAUGUCUCUAUCCACUCGGCUCUCAUUGUUACCGAGGCCAGCGAAGUUGAGGUUCUAACUUCACUUACCUCACACGGAGAAAGCCGGAUGCAUGAUUCAGAAAAAUGGUAUAGGUUCCAUAUCUACUCGGUUUCAAAAGAAAACAAGUGGACGGAACAUUGUUCGGGAGAUAUCAAUGUCGAAUCGCAACUCAAUGGACCAGGGGAUGUGACGGUUCACCAUUCAGAAAGGUCGACUAUUCACGCUCUCAGUCCGAAACCUCAAGGCAUUCGGGUAGUUAAUGUUGGGCGGCUUUACGACCGGCUACAGAAGGCUGGGCUUGGGUACGGGCCAUACUUUGCCAACAUGACGUCCGCCCACGCAACAGACACCGGAAGAUGCUUCGCUGAGAUCACGAUACCGGAUACUGCAGCAUUAAUGCCGAUGAACUUCCAAUAUCCACUUCUCCUCCACCCAUAUGUUCGGCCUAGCUCGCGGGGCCAGAUUGUCGCGUCGAUAGUCGUCGCCGAGAAUAUCUCUCAAAUGUGCAGUCUGAACCCGAAGAUAUCGAUAAGCGGGUUAAGAUGUACCCGGCUCGAAGUUGCACCCAGCAUGAGUGAAAAUUCAAAGACUAUUCCCAUUGCAUACGGAAUUGAGUGGCGCGCGGAUCCAGCUUUUAUCACUCCGGAUGACUUGUCGUUCAUCCUGCAAAAGAAUGGGGUCUCCCAAGAGAGGCUCGCUUCGCGAAAUGAAUACGACUAUUAUGUCACAGUCCUCAUACAGAACGCGGUCGAAGCUUUCAAAGAAGAGCAUAGUCAGAAACCGGAUUUAAUCUACGACAAAUACAGAUCCUCCCUGUCAGACAUGAUUCUAGUACAGGCAAUCGACGAAAGUAAUUUGUUUGAUAAGAUAAUACUCACCAACAAAGCUCCGUCAAGUUCAAUGGGAACGUUAAUCAGCAUGAUCGAUGUCUAUCUUGCCUCGUUAUCACAGAUAGAAGACGAAUCCUUUACUCAGCUUCACGAAGAGCUCUUCAAUGCCUAUCACGAAGUUAUCUCUAUGGAUAGAGCAUACAUGGCUGCCGUGGAAUUCAUCAAGCUGAUUGGAUUUAAGAAGCCAGAGAUGUCAAUCCUACAGCUCUGUGAUGGAACUGUUCGGCCAUUGACAAUUUUUCUCGAGGCAUUGUUGGCCAAUAUCAGCAGCGAGGAGACUAAUUUCCCUCCAUUUCGAAAAUACACUUUUACCUAUGAAAACGAAGAGGGCUACGAUCGAGCAAAGUUAUCCUUGGAAAAAUGGACGAAAUGGAUCGAUUUUAUAAAACUCGACAAUGCACGCGGAGCUGCUGAUAGUUUCACACCUGGAAUUUUAAAUCCAUCCUACGACGUCAUUAUCCUGCCGAAUGGCUUUCAUUCAUUUAAUUCUAGUCUUGAGGUUCUUACUAUCUGCCGCUCCAUGCUCAACCCAUCUGGAAAUUUGAUUAUUGUCGACCCGCUUCGUCCCCAAGAGAGUAUCUUGGAUAAUUUCCUGACCACUGCUUUAUAUCUAUGGCCUAUAGGAAAUUUUGAGCCACCAAGAGGAUUGGAAGGCGGUGGAAGUGACCUCGAUGAUAUGAUAGAGAAAGCUGGGCUUUCAUCGAAGCGAGACGCAACCCAUAAUCACCGGCAAGCUGAUCACGUGGAAGGCUUCAUAAUAUGCCAACCGGGACAAGAGGCACGGCUUAUUGACAAGGAAUUCUUGGUGAUACAACCAGGCGACGAUGAUAUUUCCAUGGCUGAAUGCUUAAGAUAUGAUCUCGUGGGCAUAUGCCCGAAGGUUGAAACAUCAUGUCUAGCUGCAGCAAAUGCAAGAGGGAAGGUUUGCAUUGUGAUCAACGACGAACACGAGAACAUACUUGCAAGCCCCGGCUUCGAGACCCUCUCAAAGCUGAAGGAAAUCUUCCUAUACAGUAGCGGCGUACUUUUGAUCAGCCGGGGUGGAGCUAUUGAUCCGAAAUUCCCUGAAUACGGACUUGAUGUUGGUUUUGCGAGAACGGCUAGGUCCGAGUCUGCCGUAAAGCCGAUUAUCACGCUCGACCUAGACGCGCAAAGUCCACUGAUGAAUCAGAGAUCGGCAGAAUUGAUCACCAUUCUGCUUCACAAAUGCUUUUCUCGGGUGAACUCUGGAGACAUGGAUACUGAAUAUGCUGAAAGGAAUGGGGUUAUUCUGAUACCACGGGCGAUCGAGAGAUCAGAUAUUAACCGAGACUUAAGUCACGUCAGCGAGAGCGAGAUUCAAUGCGAACAGCAUUUCAGACAAAUCGAAAAGCCAAUCAGGGUUUCUAGACCAAAUAAUCACAAUAUACACCCUCAUCUCGCAGCCGACUUUGAAAAUUCCAGCCCGCCGCCAACAGGAUAUGUGCGAAUCGAGGUCAUGGCCUUUGGGCUAGGCGAGUGGGAUAUACAAGAAGAUGCGGAUGAAUUUAACUCGAGGGGAACACUGGGAUUGGAAUGCAGCGGCUGGGUCCUGGCAAUUGGACCAGAGGUAUAUUCUCUUUCUGUUGGCGAUCGUGUCACUUGCCUUGGGGCUGGUACAGCGAGGAGUUACUAUCAAGACAGGGAAUCCGCUUUUCAGAAAGUUGGGGAUUUCAUGACUUAUGAAAUGGCCGCUGCUUUACCUGUCGAAUACACGACCGCAUACUACAUCAUGCACUAUUUGACAAGGGCCAGGCCGGAAGAAUUGGUCUUAAUCUGGGGUGCGGCCAGCUUGCUUGGACAAGCGAUGCUGGAAAUGUGCUGUAUCGGUGAAACUGGGAUACUAGCAACAGUGAUUGACCCGUCGCAAAAAGAAUUCCUGUUGAGCAGAUUUGACAUUCCACCCGAGAUGGUCCUCGUUGAGGGUCUCGAUGACAUUCUUAUGAAGGUCCUUGAGAUUACCAGCGGCAAAAAGGCUCGAGUUGUCAUUGCGACUGCGAAAAGAAGCCAUCGAGUAUAUCGAGAGCUGGUCAAGUGUGUUGCGCCAUUCGGCCAUUUUGUUCAAAUUUCAAGUCACAGCGACGAGAGGGAAGACACAGACCACGCCUGGAGUACUUCGAGAAAUAUUUCACUCUCGCUUUUCAACAUACUCGAUUUCCAAAAGAAUAAGGGGGAUCUGACACGACAAAUAUGGCCAAAGGUUGUUCAGCUCUUCAACGAGGGAAAGCUCCAAGGCCCCUUGUCACUAUCAGUUUACAAAAUAUCAGACCUGGCACAGGCACUAAGUGCAGUUUUUGCUGAAAGGCACGUGGUAGUGACGGCGGUAGACAAUGAAAUAAUUCAGAUGACACGGCCGAAGGUCUCACAAGAAAUAUUCCGACCAGACGCAUCAUACCUUCUAGUCGGUGGACUUGGGGGUAUAGGACGCGCAAUAGCACUAUGGAUGGCGGAAAAGGGCGCAAAGAAUCUCAUCCUGCUGAACCGAAGCGGUCUAGCAAAGGUUUCUGCGCAGUCCAUCAUUCAUGAGCUCACCGAGAAAGGUAUUCAAGUCGACAUCCUCGCGUGCGAUAUAUCAAAUGAGUCAGAAGUCAGACAGAUGUUCCUCGAUAUUUCGUGGGGGGGGCCCCACCGUCCGACUCAACCACAGGAUAUACAUAUCGAAAAGAUGACAGCAGAAGACUACCUUGAAGUGCUACAGCCCCGGUACAAUGGGACCUGGAAUCUCCACCGUCACGCUCCAACCGAUCUAGACUUCUUCCUCAUGCUCUCGUCUAUAAGCGGGGUGAUCGGAAACGCGACGCAAGCUGCCUACGCCGCCGGCUCGGCAUUCAUGGACUCUUUCGCUGCAUAUCGGAAUACACUGGGUCUUUCGGCUACAUCUUUGGACCUGGGCGCCGUGACGGAUGUGGGCUAUUUGGCUGAAAAUGAAGCUCUUGCGAGUAAGAUGACCAAGCAGGGAUUCCAGGGCACAGAUACCCAGACGCUCCUGUCGCUUGUUCAGGUUGCUAUUGAGCAACAGGGCAAGCACCGGACUGUGAGUUCCGGGAGGUCUCAGAUCAUAACGGGAUUGGGAGAGUGGAAGGAGGGUCAGUCGUUAGCGAAUUUUGAGGAGCCGCUAUUCGCGCAUUUUCGGAGGAGGUUUCGCUCUGAUGGGACUACCCGGGCGAAGGGGGAUGAACAUGCUGUUCAGAUGGUGCGAGAUGCGUUGCGAGUAUCGAAGACGCAGGAUGAUGCUGUUUCCGUUAUUCUUGAGGCUUUGAGUGCGAGGAUUGCUUUGCAGUUGGGCAUCUCUGUGGAAAGGAUUGAUCCUGCUAGUCAGUUGUCGGAAUUUGGGGUCGAUUCGCAUGUCGCGGUUGAGUUGCGGAGUUGGAUUAAUGAGACCAUGGAUAGUGCUAUGUCCAUUCUGGAGAUAUUGGCUACUGAUUCGGUGCUUCAGUUGGCUUGUCAUAUUGCGAGUCGAUCUCAGUUGAUUGAGAUUCGUAGUGAUGUUUAG